CUAUCGUUCUUGGUCAGCCAUUUUUUGCAGGGUAGGCGCAGGAGCAGAUAAAUUCUAAAAAAUCGAGAAUUGACAGUGAAAAGUCGACUUCCUCAAACUUCCAUUCGACUUUCAAGAGCAAAAAAAACCAUUUUGGUCUACAGUCGAAGUUGACCUUCCCAUUCCUAUUGUAAGCAAUUUUAUUUGAUUUGAUACAAGUCGAAUUAAUAAAUUCGCCUUAAUUUGAUACAUUUUUGGGCUGAGUGGCAUUUUAUAACUCAAAAAAAGGAAAUAAUACAUUUUUGUAAAAAUGUUUUUUAUAUCUGAUACCAGCUCAAGUUCUAGCGAUGAAACUAAUAAAAAUGAGCUGAAGAUGCAAAGAAAAGUUAUUAGACAAAAAUCAGAUAUAUUUAAUUUAACCGAUCAUAAAUUCGAAAGCUAUUUUCGACUUAAUAAAACAGCCUUCAAAUAUGUAUUGGGAAAAAUACGACCGAAAAUGAAAGUAGGAAUACGUUCAACGUCGGUUUCCAAUACAAUAAAAUUGGCAGCAACAUUGGGAUUUCUAGCGCAGGGUUCUUACCAAUUAAAUGUUGGGAACAACUUCAACCUUGGUCUCUCUCAGCCAACAGUCUGCUCCAUUCUGUCUGAAACACUUACUGUCUUGGAAGACAUCGUUUGUCCACUAUGGAUAAAAUUUAAUAUGACAAAUGAUGAAAAAGUAAUAAUUAAAAGGGAAUUUCUUGAAAAGACGGGAUUUCCUGGUGUCAUUGGAUGCGUGGCAGGUACCCACAUAAAAAUUUUGGCGCCGAAAAAACAAGACCAGCCUCUUUAUUGUAAUAGGAAAGGCUUUUUCAGUUUAAAUGCCAUGGUUAUUUGCGAUCAUAAAAUGCGUAUACGGUAUCUUGAUGCUCGACAUGCAGGUUCAGCAAGUGACUCACUAAUUUGGAAUGUAAGUGACGCGAGAAGUAUGUUGCGCGAUAGAUGCGAAGCUGGUGAGCGGAAUUGUUGGCUUUUAGGUGAUGCAGGUUAUCCCCUAGAACCAUAUCUCAUGGCGCCAUAUCGCUCAGCUGCAGAAGGAAGUUUAGAAGCUGUUUUCAAUAAGAAACACGCAAAGGCCAGAAAUAUAGUAGGUCAAACUAUUGGAGUACUAAAGAAUCGAUUUCGUUGUUUGCUUGGUAAUCGACCACUUCAUUACAAGCCAGCUAAAGCAACAAAAAUUGCUAAUGUUUGUGCAGCACUUCAUAACAUUUGUAUUGAGUUUGGUUCAGAUAUUGCAAUGGAAGAAAUAAGCGAUGGAGAACAUGUCCAAAUAAAUUUUGAUAGUAAUGAAGAUGCAGAAAACACGCAAAACACAGAAGCUUUACAAAUAAGAGAACAAAUUAAAUGCAAUUUUGUUGAAUAAAGAUCAGUCUUUUCAAUUUGAAUUAAAUAAGAAUCAGUCUUAUUUUU